AAGUUGAACCAAUCCUCUGAAAAUACUCCGUGCAAUCGAUCAUGGCCCCCGCUGUUUCCGCUCUCUCGAAGACCCUGCAGUCCCUGACUGAGAGCAAAAUUCGUGAGCUCGACAAGCGGCGCCGAAACAUUGAAACCCGCAAAUUAGCCGUCCUGGAGGCUGCCCAUGUCACCCAGAACCCCCAGCAGCGACUCCAACGCCUCCUCGACGGAGCAAAGGAGCUAUACCCGUCAGCAUCCACCGACUUAACGAUAGCCAACAUUGAGCGCUGGAUUCAUCAGUCCACCUAUGACUCGUCAAUCCCACCAACCAAACUUCAGGAGUUCGAGACUCAGCUCCUCAAUAGACUUCAAUGCUCAAAGCCGGAAGCUAGACCUCGCCGACUUAUACUCGCGCUUAUUGACAGAAUGGGUGGACCCCACUGCACCCAGCCAAGAAGGGCCAGACGUGGCAAUCGACGAUGACUACUUGGUCGUUGAUGAGCGACAAAAGCAGCGAUUGCAGCAACUGUGCGAUCCAUUCGAUGCAUCCGUAUUUGAGCCGCUGGAGACGAGCGAGUCGCAGAUUCGGACGUUCCUCGACCAGCUCUUCCCGGAUGAGGAGAGUAUGAACGCCUUGAAUGAGCUUCGCAAGCAGGUCACGGAUGAUACCCUGACAUUCUGGCGAGAGGAGGAACCGUUCAGCCCGGGCGCGGUGGCGAACUGUGUGCGCGGGCUGUUGAACGCAGACCUCCUCAGCGAGCAAAAGCGUGCCAUCAUGAAGUCAUUCCUCAAGACACCCGUCGCCUUGACCGAGAUUGCUGAUGUGUUGAAUAUGAGAUAUGGGGACUUGGAAAACUGGGCCUGGCAUGCCCGCGAGGAAGGUAUUCCCGUGGUACCCCGGCAGCAGGCAAAUGGCAAAUAUCGAAUUUGGAUGGAUGAGGAUCUCCUGCAGCUGAUCUUCCUGCAGUACAUUGGUACACGACUCUGUAACCGCCUGAAGGAACUUUUGACGGGAUUUAUUGAACUGGAAUCGGUGUGGAAUUGGAGGCCCGAGGCUCAGCCGACGGCGCGCGAUCACUUUCGACGGAUAUACUAUGUGCCCUCUGAUAUACCCCGGACAACGGUUGAGAGAACGCGAAAAGAGGAUUAUCUGCAGAAAUAUUUCCUGUCUCAGCUUCCAACGUCUGAGACAACGUUAAGUGAGAAGGGUAAUUCGUAUGACGACCACGAUGAAGACACUGGGAGCCGUCCAGCGGGAUCCAGGCCAGAUAAUUUUCGACAGUUGCUGUUGCGCAAAAUCGCCACGGAGGCGCUUCUCCAUCGACAUAUGCACGGGGCAGCCGCGGUGGUCCAGUCGGACAUGAAGUGGUACGCUACCUGUCUCCCUCACAGCACGAUUAUCGCGGUUAUGAAGUAUAUUUGGUUUCCACAAGAGUGGAUCGACUUCUAUCACCGUUACCUGGAAGCACCCCUGAACAUGGACAGCUCCUGCGAAGGACGUGAACCGGUCGGACCGCGCAUCCGGAAGCGAGGCAUCCCCUUCUCUCAUGCUUCUGAAAAGCUACUUGGUGAGUUGAUUCUCUUUUUCAUGGACCUGGCAGUAAAUCGCAACACGGGGAUGCUCCUAUACCGUCUGCAUGACGACCUGUGGCUGUGUGGUGAGCCGGCGCAGUGUGUGCAAGCCUGGGAGGUGAUGAAUGAGUUUGCCCAAGUAACAAGGCUGGAGUUCAACCACAGCAAGACAGGAUCGGCCUAUCUGGCGAAGUCAAGAGACCCCAAAAUUGCUGCUCGACUACCCAAGGGUGCGGUUACGUUUGGGUUUCUGAAACUCGACGCCGACACUGAAACCUGGGUGAUCGACGAGGGCCCCGUCGAUGCACACGUCCAACAACUCAGGCAGCAGCUCGAGCGCUGCGAUAGCGUGAUCUCCUGGGUGCGCACCUGGAAUAGCUGCAUCGGACGGUUCUUCAAGAACACCUUCGGCCAGCCCGCCUACUGUUUCGGGGAGCCCCAUGUUCGGGCCAUUCUCACCACCUAUAGAAAGAUUCAAGAGACAAUAUUCGGGAACCCAGAAACAGGGGGCACCAGUAUUCCCGAGCACCUGCGGACCAUGAUCACGUCGCGAUUUGGGGCGAUCAACAUCCCGGAUGCGUUCUUUUUCUUCCCCGAAGAACUGGGUGGCCUCGGCCUACGCAACCCAUUUGUAUCCGUUUUCCUGGUGCAGAAUAUCAUGAGUGACCCGCCACGCAAGAGGACCGAACAAUUUCUGGCGGAAGAGCGGAUCUCGUACGCGGAGAGGAAAAAAGAAUUCGAAGGGCUCAACGACAAGAAACGCCGUCAGACCCUGAAAAUAUGCAUUGCCGAGAGGGAUUUCAACCCACCCUUGGUAACGGAGAGGGAAAUCAGCACAUUUAUGUCAUUUGAGGAAUUCGUUCAGUUUCGCGAAUCCAGGAGUGGUCGUCUCCAACAGUUAUAUGAGAGGUUGAUGCAAGUCCCGCGCCUCCAGGGAAUCUGCCCAACACGAGAAAUCAGGAGUGCCAUCGGCGAGAACCUUACCUAUGAGCAGAUCGAUGACUUGGACGAGGAAGAGUGGUGGAAUCUGCAACUGUAUGCGGGCGAGGUGAUGGACAGUCUGGGAGGCAUCAACCUGGUGGACAAGAAGUUCUUGCCCGUGGGGGUGUUGGGCAUGGUAAAGGAGAAGAAAGUGAAAUGGCAAAUGGUGCUCUGAUUGUAUACCUUUCUGCGCGUGAUGAAGUUGCGUCUGAGUUGAUGGAUGGAAG